AUGACCGAAGAGAUAAAUAAUAAUAGAGAAAUUAAUGAGGUUAAAGUUGAGAACGAUUAUGAUAAAAGACGUCGUGAAGCUCUUGCAGAAAUUGACAAUGCCAAAUUUGGAUGGUUUCAUAUCAGGACAUGCAUCGUAGCGGGUGUGGGAUUUUUUGCAGAUGCCUACGACAUUUUUGCCAUUAAUCUUGUGGUAGUUAUGUUAGGCUAUGUGUAUUAUGGAAAAAGUUCUCUCCCUACAGAUGUCGAUUUGAGUUUAAAGCUUGCCACUCCACUUGGAACUUUUAUCGGUCAAUUCGGUUUUGGUUUGUUAGCUGAUCUUCUGGGUCGUAAAAAGAUGUAUGGAAUAGAGCUGAUAAUCAUCAUGUUCUCUACAUUUGCUAUUUGCCUUGUGGCGAACUCUUAUGUUUACGAUCCCAAUUCAAAAACCUUUGUUUCGAAUGCUAAAGUUAUCUCCGCUCAAGGCCUUAUGUUAUUUUGGCGUAUUCUUUUGGGUAUAGGGAUUGGUGGUGAUUAUCCUCUUUCCGCAG